CACACUCGCGCACAUACACACACAGAUACACACACUGGCACACGCACUUUAAACCAUAUUUUAGCAAGGCGCACACACACAAUCAACUGUCACUGGAGCUGCUCCCAAAUUCAUUUGUAUUGCUGCGUUGUUUAUAUGGCAAAGACGAGCUGCGUUCAUCUUCAGUUCGUCCACAUCGGUCACCACGAUUGGAAUUUUGGAUAACAAAGUAUUUUUCAAUUGCAAAAAUUUGUUAAAAAAGGCAAAUAAAUAAAUAAUUACUGGCGUUUCUUGUGUCAAUUUACAAUUGUUCGUUGCAAAAUGGCGCGUGCAGUUUUUUGCAUGAUCGUCGCUUGCAUUUGGUUGCAAUGCGUUUACUCUGCCAAAUUUGAUGCAGAGAAUCGACGUCUGAUUGUCGAUAUCAAUGAUCAAAAGACAACGAACCAACAAUAUUAUUCGUCAAACUUUGACACAAGUAAGUAA